AGGAAGAGAGGGGAGGGGAAGAAGGGGCUGACAUGUGGGACCCACGUGGCCCCCCCUAAGGAUAAAACCGGAGUCAAAAUUGCCGAGGGAUUUAGUUUGUACUGGUUUUGUAAGUCAGGGGGUUUUACGAUUUAAGGACGAUUUUGUAAUUCGAUGAUAAGUUGAGGGAUCUUCAGUGCACUUUUUCCUUUUUGUUCAGUCCAUUGACCAAACCGUCCUCCCAACCCAGCGCAGCCCAGCCCAGCCCAGCGGUCUACUAGUACUUUAUGUAAUUCCGUUCCGAGCAGAUGGAUCGUUCGGGGCGGGGGCGAGACGAUGGAGGCGGCCGGGACCAAGCGCAUGCGCACCGCCGCCGCCGCCGCCGCCGCCGCCAUGAGCAACGGAGGAGAAGGAGAAAGAGAGGGAGAGGAAGAGAUGGCGAGCCAGGGGAGCGCGGGAGGGGGAGCGGCGGCUUCCUCCGGGGUCGCCGUCACCAUCACCACCGCGCCCAUGACGGAGACGGAGGACGACAUGGCCGUCGCCGAGGAGGAGGAGGUGGCGGCGGCGUCGGCGGAGACGGAGGAGCACGUGCAGCGCAUCCUCCUCGCCAUCGACGCCUUCACUCGCCAGGUGUCGGAGAUGCUGGAGGCGGGGCGUGCGCUGUUCAAGAACCUCGCCGCCGACUUCGAGGACCGCCUCUGCUCGAUCCACAAGGAGAGGGUGGAGAGGUGGGAGGAGGAGAUCCGGGAGCUGCGCGCCCGCGACGCCGCCAACGAGCAGGCACGCUCCCUCCUCCACAACGCCCAGCUCCACCUCCUCGCCACCGUCCGCCACGACCACACCUGACCUGCUUGCUCCCUCCAGCUCCACCCAAGUCAAUAGCAGCAGCAGUCUCAUCUCAGUUAGUAGUGUAGUAACCAAUUGCACAUUCCAUCGUUUACAGCAAGCAGCAGCAGCUGCACCACUUGUGAGUUGGUCAGCGACUGAAAUUUACUACUACUAGCACUAUGAAUGUAUGUAUGAACCAAUAUGCAUCACCAUUCUAAAACAGACAGACAGAUGCUAAUUCACUCGAUCAGCAUAUGUGUAUGCAUCAAAACCGGUUUCACAAA